CUCCGAUUGGCGCCGCCAGCUCCUUUCUCCGAGCCUCCGUGCAUCGCAUUUCCUCGCUGCCGGCCCACCGCAGGAGGAGGAGGCGGCGGUCUCCGUUCCCUUUGCGAGGCCGCGAGCGCGGGGCGCUCGAGCGACGCCAGGAGGAACCAUCUAGCAGAUCGUCGGGGGGAAACACAGUCAGCUGUUCUCUGCUCCUGAUGGGCCUACUCUGAUAUCUCUGACACUUUGAAAGCUUGCAAUUUUCGAUUUUUCGUGGAUACCUGAAAUUACUGUCUGGAUCAAGCAAAUAUGGGUAGCAGCAACUCAGCAAGCAGUUAACUAUAGCAGCUCUAUUGGUUCUUGACUGAUCUAGCAACAUACAGUUGCUCGGUAGGUUGUCAGAUUAUCGAUUCCUCUGAAGCAAAGGAAGCAGAAAUGGAUGGGAUCAUGGUGAGUGCCGCGACGGGGGUGAUGAGCUCCCUCCUCGCCAAGCUCGCUGACCUGCUGAGGGAGGACUACCAGAUGCAGAAGGGCAUGAGGCGUGAGAUCAGCUUCCUCCAGGACGAGCUGAGCAGCAUGAACGUGCUCCUCGAGAGGCUGGCCGACAUGGAGGUGCUUGAUCUGCAGACGAGGGAGUGGAUGAACCAGGUGAGGGAGAUGUCAUACGACAUCGAGGACUGUGUCGACGACUACAUGCGCCAGCUGCGCAGCGGACCGCAGAGGCCUAGUGGAGUCAUGGGGUUCUUCUUGGGGUAUCUUCAGAGAGUGAAGGAACUUGUUACCGGCCAUGAGACUGCCGAGCAGAUUCAGGAGCUCAGGGAUCGCAUUGUCGAGGCGGGACACAGAAGGAAGAGGUACAAGAUUGAUGAUGCAGUUAAUUCCUCUAGCGUUAAUGUUGUGCCUGUUGACCGUCGGUUGCCAGCUCUCUAUGCGGAAUUGGGAGGCCUUGUUGGUACCAGUGUUCCCAUAGAUGAGAUCAUCAAGCUACUUGGUGAUGGGGAGCAGGGGAUGAAGGUAGUGUCUAUUGUUGGGUGUGGAGGAUUAGGAAAGACUACCAUAGCGAAUCAGGUUUACCGAAAGGUUGCUGAGCAAUUUGAUUGCCAAGCUUUUGUGUCAUUGUCCCAAAAUCCUGACAUGGUGAUGAUAUUUCGGUCCAUACUAUCACAAGUAAAGAAGGAUGACUGCGACGGUACCAGCCUUAGUGACAAGGAAUUGCUUAUUAGUGAGUUGAGGGAUUUCCUAAAGGACAAGAGGUAUUUUAUUGUAAUUGAUGAUAUAUGGAGCACCCAAGUGUGGAACACGAUCAGAUUUGCUUUGUUUGAGAAUACUUAUGACAGUAGAAUAAUAGUGACAACAAGAAUUCGUACUGUUGCCAGGUCAUGUUCCUCCCCUCACUAUGACCUUGUAUACGAAUUACAGAUGCUAAAUGAAUAUGACUCUAAAAGGCUAUUCUUUAGAAGAAUUUUUGGCUCUGAGGAUAAAUGCCCUCACCAACUAAAUGAGGUGUCAAUUGAAAUAAUUAGGAAAUGUGGUGGUUUACCAUUGGCAAUCAUUACUAUGGCUAGUUUGUUGACCACUAAAUCAUAUAGCAGAGCUGACUGGUUAAAGGUUUGUAAUUCUAUUGGUUCAGGACUUGAGAAAAAUUGGGAUGUAGAAGAAAUGAACACAAUACUUUCUCUCAGUUAUAACCAUCUUCCUCACCAUUUAAGGACAUGUUUACUAUAUCUAAGUAUGCUUCCAGAAGAUUAUGUGAUCAAGAGGGAUUAUUUGGUAAGAAGGUGGGUAGCAGAAGGAUUCAUCAGUGCACAUGGUGGAAGGAAGUUAGAGGAUGAAGGUGAAUGCUAUUUUAAUGAACUUAUAAACAGAAGCUUGAUUCAACCAGUAGAUUACCAGUAUGAUGGUAGAGUACAUUCAUGCCGGGUGCAUGAUAUGAUUCUUGAUUUCAUUACAUGCAAGGCAGUUCAAGAAAAUUUCAUCUCUAUCAUUACUGAAAGAAAACAAAUGUUGGCCUCACAAGUCAAAGUUCACCGACUCUCACUAGACUACCAUAGUCAAGAACUUGUGACAUCAUAUUCCAUGGUUACUACUCAUGUGAGAUCUCUGAAUAUUUUCAGAUACUCUGAAAAAAUGCAUCCUCUUUCAGACUUUCAGGCCCUGAGAGUGCUUGAUCUAGAUGGUAACGAAAAUUUUGAUAGCUCUUAUCUUGAAGAUGUGGGGAAGUUGUUUCAGCUAAGAUACCUCCGAAUUAAAGCAAGCAAUAUCAUUGCACUUCCAGAACAAAUAGGAGAGCUGCAGUUUAUGGUUGUAUUGGAUCUUCUAAACUGUCCUAAUAUAAGUGAAUUGCCUGCAAGUAUUGUUAAACUUCGGUGUUUGAAAUGGUUAAUUGCUCAUCGUGUCAGACUGCCAGAGGGAAUUGGGAACAUGCAAGCCCUAGAGUUUCUGUCACUUAUAGUUGUGGACUACACUACCUCAAUAACCAUGUUACAAGAGCUGGGCAGCUUGACCAAAUUGAGAACUCUUGGAUUGGAUUGGCGCGUUGGUACCCAGCAUAGGGAUAAAAAUAUAUAUACCGAUAAUCUGGUUUUAUUGCUAGGAAAAUUAGGCAGGUCCAAUCUUCAAUAUUUAACGCUCAUAAGUCCCUGGUCGCUAGACUUCUUACUGGACUCUUGGUCCCCAGUUCCUCAUCUCCUUCAGGAAUUAGGGAUCAAAGGAUGGUACCUCAGCAAGGUUCCUGCAUGGAUGGCCUCCCUCACCAAUCUCACUUACCUAGACAUUGAGGUUAAAGAUUCACAGGAAACACUCAAAAUCCUUGGGGAUUUUCCUUCCUUACUAUUCCUAAAGUUACACUCUAAUAUAGGUGGCCCUUGGGCAAGUUGCAUCGUUUCCAGCAGCAGCUUCCAAUGUCUGAAGAAGUUCAACUUUAGCGGUUGGACAAGUCUGAUGUUCGAAGGAGGAGCCAUGCCAAUGCUCGAUACUCUUGAAUUCCAAAUCAUAGCGCACGAGGCACAAAAUUCAAGGAGAUUUGGUCAUCCUGAUCGUGGCAUCCGCUACCUCUCUGCCCUUAGGAAGCUCAUUGUCAAUAUCCACUGUCAAGGUGCAAGAAUUGAAGAGGUGGAAGCAUUAGAGGCUGCUAUUCGAAUUGGAGCCAGCAUGCUUCCUAACCACCCUAAACCUGCUUUACACAGGUUUCAGGUUGCAGAGAUGAUAAAAGAUGAUGCAGGUAUAGAAAUGCAGGGGCAUGAGGAGGAUAAGAAGAAGCUUUCAACCCCAGCCUGGUUCUUCUUCAACACUUCAGGGCUAGGAGUUGGACAAGAAAUGACUUCGAGUCCUGGUUUGGAUCUUCUUCAAGACGGCUAACUAAGAAUGAGGUCAGGAGUCUGGGAAAUAGGCAGAGCUCGCUUGAACUCAGCAGCCCUUUGGUACAGCUUCUUCAAUGGCUUCUGCAGCAGCUUCUGUUGUAGCUGUACCAAACGCUAAAACUCUUAACAGCUUCACUAGUGAAGCCAGACUGAAGUCGCCUGAGAAAAUAAACUGGGUGGUUGGAGCUGAAAAAAAUGGCUCCUACUGGCUUCCUCUGUCCCUGCAUUAACACGUGAGACUGGUUCACCCAAUUAUUUCAGAAUUGGAGUGCAUGACAGGUUUCUGAAACCUAUCUCUUUAUUGCUGGAAGAAACCUUACUUAAUGGCAGCUGCCAGAAGUUCUUGUUAUGUCUCAUAAAUAUAGGUGCGCAAUGCGCAUAAACUUUUUUUUCUUAAUAGCACUUAUAUGAUCAUAACUUUUGUAUAUUUGCGAAUCCACAUGUUUAACAUUCUGUACAAAUGCAUCAUAUUUGUGAAUGUUUGAACUGACAGCCAUUGAGCUGGACUUGCAUCAAGCUUCGGCUGUUUUGAAACCUUGGUUAAUAGAUUUACUUCACAUGAAGCUUUUGCUCC